AUGCUCAGCAGCCUAUUCCCGAAUAUCCUCUUCGUCGGCCGAUGGUGGUCUUCCAGCACCGGCCUCGCCGCGGAGUGGGCGCCGAGCGUCUGGCACGCCCGCUUCCAAGGCGCGAGCCAGCUGACUCUCGGCAUUGACUCGCCACCGAACCUCUUCUACACUUGCGGCGGCAGCGCCGUGUUGGCGGCGCACGGACAAGAGGAGAAGGUGUACUCGUCCUACGAGAUGAACGGUGUGCUCGUGGCAGGCCUCGAGCGCGCCUCCACCUACACGAUCUGGUGCGGGCGCAACUCUGAGGCGUCGCACGGCACGACGACAAUCACCGCGAUCCAGCUCGACGGCGGGAGCUUCCUCACGGUUGCUCUCCCGGCCAACCCGCUCAGGCUCGAGGCGAUCGGCGACUCCAUUACGGCCGGCUUCCAAGUCCUCGUCCCACCAGGAGGCUUAUACCCUCAGGACGCGACCAAGUCGGAUAUCUUCAAGACGUACGAGCGGAGACUCGCCGACGCGUGGGGCACGUGGGAUUGGCGAGUCGUGGCUCGAUCGGGGAUCUCGGUGUCCCUUUCCACCGGUGGCACCGGGAUGAUGAGCGAUCAGCUUGGCUGCGCCGAGUACUGGUGGGCUGACUGGCAAGGGAGCUGCCCUCGCGAGCAGUGGCUGGACGGCGGCUGGCAGGCCGACGUCGUCUCAAUCAACCUCGGCACGAACGACUACGUCUUUGGCAACCCGGCCCAGGCAGCCUUCGCCGCCAAGUAUAGCGAGUUGAUUGGGCUCGCCCGCGCGGCCAAUCCGGACGCCCUCAUCUUUGCGGUCGUGCCCCUCGCGUACUCGUGCUUUGGCGGUGUCGACAGUAAGUGGGUUACCAUGCGUCAAGGCAUCCUCAGCGCCGUCAACAACUGGUCACAGGACAGCAAGGUCAAGCUGGUCGAGACAGGAUCUCCAUCGUCCCGCUGGCUCGACUGCGCGAGCGACUACUCCGACUACACGCACCCCACCGUUGACGGCAACGAGAAGUUUGCGCUCGCGCUGCUGCAGAGCAUGACCGAUGAGACUCCAACCGGCGGCUACACCGGCUUCUGCGCGACAACCUGGGCCGAAUCCAACCCGGGUCCGGCGGCGUGCAUCCCUUGCGACGCGGCAACGGCGCCCUGCGCCGACGGCAGCGACUGCUGGGGCGCCACGUUUUGCAAAGGCGAUGUUUUAUGCGGCGACCCGUCCGACAGCGACUGCGCCAUCGGGAGCGAGCAGACCCCACCGACAGCUCUGCCACCCCCGCCUGCGCCCCUCGACCCCGCGGCAGUCCUGUCCGGCAAGCGCCUCGUCGCUUAUGUUCCAAACUGGAAGGAGUGCCCCUCGGCGGAGCAACUGCAGCACUACACGCAUGCGCUGGUCGCAUUUGCAGUCACCUAUCCGGCGUGGCGGCCAGCCGGGCAAGACACGUGCGAGACCGACCGGACGUGCACAGUGCAAGGCGUGCCUGGCUGUGGCGGCAAGUCGCUCGUUGAGAUGGUGGGCGACCUGCAGAGCGUGGGCGUCAAGGUGAUCCUCUCCUUCGGCGGCGCUUCGAUGGGCGGCGUGUGGGAGGCGAAGGGUGAUCCUGGCUCAAACUCGUGCUGGGAGCAUUGCCUCGACAAGGUGGACGCCCUCGUCUCGCAGCUGGCUGCCAUUGUCCUCGCGUCGGGAGCGGACGGCAUCGAUGUCGACUACGAGUACUACCUCGACGAGGCAAAGUACCGCGAGUUCCUGGCGGCCCUCACGAGCGGGCUGCGCACCGCGCUCCCUAGCCCCUUCCUGCUCACGCACGCCCCGAUGGACCCUGACCUAUGCACGACGAGCAUCCACCCAGGCUGCCGUGAGGAGUAUCUCAACAUUCUCGCGGGACAGAGCGAGAUGAUCGACUUCAUCAUGCCGCAAUAUUACAAUGGCUGGCAGCGACCCUCCACCAACUUUACCGGCGCGCUUCAGCACUUUAGCGCCUUGGCGUCGACCGCCUUUGGCGGCGACGCCUCCAAGGUGGUGUUUGGCUUUUGCGUCAGCGACUGCACAGGCUUCAACACCGGAGGCGCCGACGCCCUCAGGGUGGUGCAGCUCCUCGAUGCCGCCGUGCCAGCCAACGGCGGCUCCUUCUUUUGGGAGAGCUCGGCGGACAUCCGUGGCAGGGCUGUGUGCUCCACCCUCGACGCUCCACCUCGACAAAGCCCUGUGCAGUAA